AUGGACACGGCGAAGGAUUGGAUUGCGGUGCUGCUGAUCGUCCUGGCAGUGCUGGGUUAUCUGGGCUCGAGCUGGGGUGGCUUACACAUACUUAGGUACUCUGGUGCAGGCCAAGGUGAAGCUGCAAGCGCCGUCGCGUCUCGGCCCAUGAGCGCCCAUUGUCGCUCGCUGCCGGACGCUCCAGCUCCUGACUCUCCUGAUUUCUCGACCAAACCGGGAGUCUUCGGGUGCGAUCGAGGCAUCGCGGACGCGAUUAUCAACAGCUCGAUUCGCUCGGAAGUCGCCACAGUAGAUCUGUGCGAGAGGUUGAUGCCUGCUAAAGAUGACAAGCCCCCGAGGUCCAGUAUGGCCAGUAUGGGCGAAGGGCAGACGGCCAGACAGGCCAGACAGGCCAGACUACGCAGAGCACACUCGCCGGAGCGUGGCAUCGCCCAGGCUUGGUGUCAGCCUGUCAACGUACAACCAGUUCCUUCGCUGUCUCUCUCUCUCUGCUCCUUGUGUUGCACAGGUACUCAGGUACCGCGACAGCUUCCAGUCAUAUUUGCGCAUGGGGAACGCAGGAAUCUCAUGCAAAAUCGAGGCACAGGAAGGGAAUGGUGCCGUGGGUUCUGGGCAGCUUGGGCUGAGUCCGCGCUCGGCCUUUACUGGGGCGCGUGGCCACAGGGCCAGUGCCCCCCCAUGAUUUUCGCUCGUAUGAUGCCGGACCGAAAAUCGAAAGUUCGCAGCUCCACAUGUCGCACAGCAGAUCCAGCCCGCGACCCCUGCCCUCUAACGGUGCAGGGCACAGCAGUACGAGCAUGUCAAGGGACGUGGCUGUUUUUUCUCCCAUUCUCGCCGAAAGAGCCCGAGGCAAGAUGCCUCAUCAUCCCACCGCUGUACCUCAGUAUCACCAUCUCACAAGCAAACACCACCCAGAACAACAUCACGCCUUUUGUCUUGCUAGAGACAUUGAUCACCCAACAUCCUACAAUCUAA